AUGUUUUUUAAGAGAUCAUUCCAAGGAGUUAAAGAAAUUGUUGGAGUUUCUAAAAAGACUGAAGAUAAUGAAGUAAAUCAAUUAAAAAUUGACUUGCAAAAUACUAUUAAGAAAUUAAAGAAAGCUAGUUCUUCAUAUUCAAAACUACCAGAUGCAGGAAGAUCAUCAACUGUUUGUCAUAUGCAAGCAAUGAAAGAUGGAAAAGAUUUAUUAGGAGAAGGAUGUUGUUGUCAAGAGUGUUAUAGUAUUUUUGAAGAAAUAGAUAUGAAAGGUCAUUUAUAUGGUAUGAAAAUUAAAGAGGAAGUAAUUGAACCAAUUCAAAGGCUUGUUGAGGCAUGUACUAUUAUGGAAAAAAGGACUAAAACUUUAGGACAAAGAAGAUUAGAUAUGGAUGCAGCUCAUGACAAAUAUGAGUCAAUUGCUAAAAAAGCACCAGAAAAACAAAAUGGGUUAGCUGAAGCAGAGACUCGAUAUAAUGAAGCUAAAGACAAUUAUGAUUAUUUGAGAAAUGAGAUAGUUACUGACAUAAACAAAUGUAUAGAACAAGUUAAAAUACAAUUUCCACAAAUUUGUGUUAAUUGUAUGAAGAGUUACACAGACUAUAUUAAUGAAUUAAAUGAAAUUUGGACUAAAGUACCAAGUAUUAUUUCAUCAAUUCCUGAAGUAGAUUUAAAACAAGAAAUUCCAAUCACACCAAAUGAACAAUCAAUGAUUGUUUUAGAAAAUGUUCGUGCUAAGAAAAAUAAUGAUCUAGGAGGAUUUAUUAAUGAUGAUUUCACUUCUCAAACUAAACCAACAGAACCAACUACUCCAGUUAUGACUACUCCUCAACCAACAAAUCAAUUUUCAACUGUAACAGCACUUUAUGAUUAUACUGCUGUAGAUGCAGGAGAGUUGUCUUUUAAAGAAGGAGAUGUCAUUACUGUAUUAGAGAAGUCAGGUGAUUGGUGGAGUGGAGAACUUAAUGGAGUAAAAGGUAUUUUCCCAUCGAAUUACGUUAAUUAA